AUGUGCACUAACUACACUGAUUUGAACAAGGCGUGCCCCAAAGACGUAUAUCAUCCGCUCAGUAUCGACAGGCUGUUCGAUGGAGCGUCCAAGUUCUGGGUGCUAAGUUUCUUGGACGUGGAGAAAAUGACAAUUAUCACUGAAGAUGUCAACUUUUGCUACAGGUUCAUGCCUUUUGGUCUCAAAAAUACAGGCAGAGGUAAGUUCCUCGGCUUCAUGAUCACACAUCGGGGGAUUGAAGCCAACCCCGACAAAUGCAUUGUCGUACAGGAGAUGCGCAGCCCAACCAACAUCCAAGAAGUCCAGAAGUUGAACGGUAGGCUAGCAUCCCUAUCCAGGUUCCUCCCAAAGCUUGCCAAAAAGGCAAAGCCAUUUUACAAACUGCUCAAGAAAACUAAGUCCUUCCUAUGGGACGAGACUUAUGAACAAGCCUUCCUGGCUUUCUAG